UGUCCGACGUUGAUAGAUAUAUCGUGACCGUCCAUCUAACAGGUAGAAUGUGGGACCCAUCAUCGCUGCGGGUGAACGCCUGCGGCCGCCAGCUCGGCUCCCACCGCCGUAACGCCUCUCUUCCGAUCGGAAAGAUAACAAUAACCGAUCGAACAACAACAAGAAGAGGGGAAGCGAGGAAGAAGAAUGGAGGUCCCGUCGGCACGGUGUCCAUAUCGCGCAGCUCGACCCCCCUCGAGUUCUUGGGGGAGGGGUCUCCCGCCGAUCCGUCCCCUUCCCGAGGAAACCCUGGAGGAGCCCUCGCGAUGUAACCCCUUGGUCCCUCCGUUUCCACCCUCGGGCUUCUGAGCUGCUGCUUUUGCGUGGGUUUCAUGCCGACUCCUUCGUGAAUGGGUCUUGAUUGAGUCUUGGAUCUCUUCUGGAAGCUUGAGAAGGAUCCACUCAAGCUGCAACUUCAUCUAUUGCCAAGACAGAGGAAGCUAGUGAACAGGAACGAGUCUUCAAGGAUAAAGAUCUCAUGUUUGCCGACGACUCAACUGGUAGAGUUGGUUCACUUCUUGUGAGCUUCUGAAACUUGGAUUUCGGGUGCAAGCGGGAGUUAGGAGUGCUCAAACAGCAGAAUCACUGAGGCAGAGUGUAUGCCAAAUGAAGCUUAAUAUUGGAACCGGAACCUCAGGAACUGAACCUACAGAGAAGCUUGAAAUUGUUGAAUGUGAUAUUGAAAAACAAGGUGACAUAGGACCAGUAAUAGGUAAUGCCUUCGUGGUUUUAUGCUGCAUAGAAGCCAGCGAAAAGGAGAUUUUUGAUAUAACAGGACCAUAUCGAAUCAACUUUAAAUCUACUGAGAACCUCAUGAAAGCAGGUAUGAAGAUUUAAAGUCUCUGACUUCACCAACGCCAUCCUUGUCAAAAUGUUAUUGCAAAGACUAAAAACAAAGUGUAUUUCUGAAUUAGGCAAAAGAUCAUAAUCCAUUUGUACAAUUCUAUCUGCAAUUCUAGCUGGGUAUCCACAUGAUCCCGAUACUCUCUGGAUGACUCGAAUUCACCACCAGGUCUGGCCAGUUUUCGGAAGACCAAAGUUUCUGGAGAUGGGUGAGAAUUAAUUUCGUUGCAGAAGUUGUUUGAUUGGGAGAAAAGGAAAAACGACAGAAUAGAAUGUGGAGAUCGUCUUCCGUGGCAUAGUUCAUUUUUUAAGCAGCAAGUUCCUCUAAUAUUGCGUGGUAUUUGCGUCAAACUAAAAUGAUUCUUAUUUGUUUUCUCAGGUUAAUACUGUGAGAAGGCAGGACUUUUAUCACCUCACAUAUUCUCCGAGGACAUUGCAUCUUACAAAUAGAUGACGAUCAAAGUAUUAUUAAGAACAAGAUGGAAAUCCAUGUCCGUAGCCGAAGAAUCCGGAGGGAAGAGAAGGGUGCACAUCGACUUCGUGCUUGACGGCGAAGGCCCCCGGCACGCCGACGUCGUUCCCGAUGAUGGGGAGCUGCUGCUUGCGGGCCAGGGUCUCUUGCAGCACCUGGUCGGCCCUCCUCGCCACGCUGCUCCUGAGCUCCGCCAGCCUCCUCUCGAACUCCUGCAGCUCCUCCAUGCCGAGGCUCUCCACGUCGGCGUCCCACAAGAAGGUCCUUCCCGCCCGCUCUUUCUUCACCGCCUUCUCCAGCGCGUCCCGCUUCUUCUUCUCCGCCUCGACCAGGUCGUGCAGCUCCAUGCACUGGCGGUUGAGCUCGCGGACGUUCGCCUCGCGGCGGGACUCGACCGCGGUCGAGACGGCGGUGACCGUCGUGCGCGGGCGCGGGGUGCCGACGAGGAAGCGGUCGACCACGGCGUCGACGGAAGGGUGGCCGAAGGAGAAGACCUUGCCGGCGGGGGAGAACACGACGACGCCGAGCUCCGCCCCGCAGAGGAUGGAGAGCUCGCUCGCCUUCUUGAACAGCCCGCUGCGUCGCUUAGAGAAGCACACCUGACGAGCCUCCUCGUUCUGUAUCCUCUUGAUUUCUAUCUUCUGGCGGCCCAUGCUCGGCUUCCUCCUCACCAUUAGAGACAUCCACGGAAGCAGCAGCGAGCUGUGAAGCAGUGAGGCCAACACCACAAGCUUCGUCCGCGGUCAGUCACAGAGGGAUUGCGACUGCACAUAUAUAUAUAUGUGGCUCACAGAGAGGGCUUAGACGUCAAAGCUGGAGGAUUCGAGGAAGGUAAUCAACAGAGCUAGCUGGGCAUAUUUAAGCAGGAAGAUAAAAGCUAGGAUAAUAUUCUGCGGCCAUAAAUCCAACGUAAAUUAGAUUUAACACUUUCUAUUCUAGUUGUGGUGCCUCGCUGGGUUGCCCGGGUUGACCUACAGCAACUUAAAAUCUUCCUCAUUAACUCCACCCUAUUUGUCCUUUCUUUUUCCUCUGCUUUAUGAUUCUUCUUCUUUAAUCUCCUUGGCGUUGACACCUUCCACUGUGUUCCACGAACACUGUAUCAUAAACCGACCCAAUCCUAACCCUAAAUUUAUAGGAAGCCUCUCGUAUUCAUCAACAAAUCUAAAAUUUGCAUACACAUUUUACAGUUUCCCUAUAUUUUUCGAAUAAAUAUAUAGACAUCUAUCUAUA